AUGUAUUGUACCUGGAAGCUUAAAGAAUUGAAAGACGAACUAAAAAAACGAGGAGCGAAGAUAACUGGAAAGAAAGCAGAUCUUGUGGAGAGGUUAGAAUCAUAUGACCGAAAUUUUAAUUUCGGCAAUCAAAGCCCUCCAGCUUCUCAAAGUCAAGCAAUUGAUGUUCCUGCUGUUGAACUUUACCAGGACGUUAAUAGCUCCACGAUAUUGCCAAAGAUUACCAAAAAACAUAUUCAAUGUUAUUUUGAUAGAUUCAAUAGAAAUAUCAGUGAUGCUGUAAAGUUGUAUGAAUCGAGAUACCUUCUUAUUUUGCGAUCAACAACAUUUGCUGAAGAUACAUACUUAAAAGGUUUUUGCAAAGCAUCUAUGAAACAACUACAAUAUGAGGUAAACAUCAAAUUAAAUAAUGAUGGAAUGCCUGAAGAAGCAACAUGUGAAUGUGCAGCAGGAGAAGGCAAAGAAGCCCAUUGUAAACAUGUAGCUGUGUUGGAUGGAAAUCCAGCACAUUCAGGGGUGCGUGUAAGAAAGCGUCUCUCUGAAAUGUUUGGGGAGCAAAUAAUAGCACGACAUGGACCACACACUUGGCCGGCACAGUCAAAAGAUCUCUCGCCACUUAUUAGAUUAUUUGGAGGAUUCUUAAAGAAUCAGGUUUAUGCUCGUGAUGUGCAAACAGAACAAGAGAUGCACACUAGAAUUGUUGAAGCAUUUGUUAAACUAAAAAAAAAGGCUGCAAAUGGCAACAUACUAAAAGAAAUACUGGAUAAUGUGCUUAAACGAUGUCAGUCUCUAGUUUGA